AUGAAUUUAUGUGAUAAUUCAGGAUGGGAUAUAGAAGAAUAAUGUUAUUUAGAUACAUUAUUUACAGGUUAUUUACCUAAAUUAGAAAGAAGAAUCUAAGAAAAUAGUAGUCAUAGAAUAAGAACUUUAUCUUAACCAAAAUAGUUUAACCAACAAUAAACUUCAAUUAAUUCUUUACAUCAUCAUAGACCAACUUAAAGUUAAGCUUACUAAAUAAGUUCUUUUAGUGCUAACUUUUAUGCUCCUUCUACUACUAAAAGUCGAAUUCGAUUCAAAUUCACUCCUACAUAUACUCAAGAAGAAUAACAAAAAUAAAAAAAUAUUUCAUAAUCUCCAAUUAAAAAGAAACCAAAAUAUACUAUUAUUAAUAUGAGUCAAUUACUAUCAGUCACACCUAAAGUUAAAAUGCAUCAAGACUCAUUGAAUAAAGUGCUUGAAAGAUUUUCCAAUAAAAAAAGAUGA